CGCUCUUUAUUUCGUUUUCCUGAAAUUCGAAAUCCCCCUUCAUAUUUAAAACCCAAAAAUAACCCCAAACACACCGGUAUUUCUCUUUUCAUCUGCGGCAACUGUUCUCCGCUCUCCCUCCCUUUUCCUCUUCUUCUUCUUCUUCUUCUUCUUCCUCGGCUCCAAGUCGCUGGUUCAGAUGGCUGGAAAAGGAGGAAAAGGGCUUUUGGCAGGGAAGACCACCGCCUCUAACAAGGACAAAGAUAAGGAUAAGGACAAAAAGAGGCCUACCUCCAGAUCUUCUCGCGCUGGUAUCCAGCAGUUCCCUGUUGGGCGUAUCCAUCGCCAUCUCAAGCAAAGGAUUGCUGCUCAUGGUCGAGUUGGGGCUACUGCUGCUGUGUAUUUGGCCUCAAUCCUUGAAUACCUUACCGCUGAGGUUCUCGAGCUUGCUGGGAAUGCAAGCAAGGAUUUGAAAGUGAAGAGAAUCACGCCCAGGCAUCUGCAGCUGGCCAUUCGAGGGGAUGAGGAGCUUGAUACUCUCAUCAAAGGUACCAUUGCUGGUGGUGGGGUCAUCCCUCACAUCCACAAGUCUCUCAUCAACAAGACCAGCAAGGAUUGAGAGAGAGAAAGCUUGCUGUUAUUUAUCUUUCUUGUCUAGCUUCUGUCAAGCUUGAACUAGGGUACCUCUGUUUAGUUGUGUGAAGCUUUUAAGUUGGGUUUAGGGUUCAUGUUUUCAGGCUUCUUUGAUGUUAUAUUUGCCAGUGGUGGUGUCAGGGCUUGUUGGGUUUAGUAGUACAUAGGGUCUUUAACCUGUAGGGUUGUGUUUCUAGACUAGAACUGGAAUCUUCUUUUUCGGUAGCAGGUAAUUCUGUUGGAUUGUUAAGUUAUAGAGGGUUUCGACACUAAUCCCAUAAUUGUGUGCCCAAGUUUAUCGUCAUGUAUUUGAAUCAAGUCUUCUGCUUUCCCUUUGCAACUGCCCGACUGCACCAGUCAAUUGCGAGCAAUCAAAUUACGGGAAAUUCAUCAACGGUCCUUUUGCAUGGUAUUUGGAGAAUUGGAGUGUUUGGUAAUUAGUUUUGUUUCUUCGGCGACUGGGAUGACGACGAUAACGACGUGGGCUUCAGAAAAGCAUUUCUUUGACGAGAUCGCGACUGGGUGAAUGUAGGAGUAGUUCUCCGGCAGUCGCCAUGAAGCUUGAGGAGCUCUGUAUGAUUUCCUCUGGAGUAGAUCUCGUAUGCGGCGGUGGAAGGCUCUCCAACACAAGAGUGUGAGAAGGCGUUUUGGUCGAAAGUGGCAUGGUUAUUUA